GAUUGGCAAUGUAGCAAUUUCAUGUCAGAGGGUUCCAAUUUGUUGCGAAUUCGAACAGCGAUGAGUUCCUUCCAGGGUCGGAUGCAGGAAUAUCCGAGCGCUUCUAUCGACAGAUUUGACAGAGACAAUUUGCUGGCCAAGGCUUAUUUCCUGUCGCACUGUCAUAAAGAUCACAUGAAAGGAUUAAGAGCUCCUGCCUUGAAAAGACGAUUGGAAUGCAGCUUGAAGUUGAAGCUUUAUUGUUCCCCAGUCACAAAGGAGAUUCUACUAACAAGUAGCAAGUACAAAUUCUGGGAGAAUGAUAUUAUAGCUAUUGAAGUUGAAACUCCAACACAAAUUUCCUUGGUUGAUGAAGCAACUGGUGAGAAAGAAGAUAUACUUGUUACCCUUUUACCUGCAGGACACUGCCCUGGAUCAGUUAUGUUCUUGUUUGAGGGUGUAGGUGGCACAGUGUUGUACACUGGAGAUUUCAGACUGGCCAAAGGCGAAGCUGCUCGCAUGGAAUUGUUGCAUUCAGGUGGCAGAGUCAAAGACAUUCAGACUGUUUACUUAGACACAACUUUUUGUGAUCCUCGAUUUUACCAAAUCCCAAGCAGGGAGGAGUGCUUAAAUGGGAUACUGGAGUUGGUGAGAAGCUGGAUCACAAUCAGUUCUUACCAUAUAGUGUGGUUAAACUGUAAAGCAGCUUAUGGAUAUGAAUAUCUCUUCACUAACAUCAGUGAAGAAUUCAGCCUUAAGGUCCAUCUUAACAAGCUGGAUAUGUUUAAUAAUAUGCCAGAAAUUCUGCACCAUGUGACCACAGACAGAGCAACGCAGGUUCAUGCAUGUAGACACCCCAGGCAUGAUGAGGAUUUUAUUCGUGGAAACAGACUCCCCUGUGGUAUUACAGCAAAAGAUGGGACUCCACUACGCAUUAUCAGUAUUAAACCUUCUACUAUGUGGUUUGGUGAAAGGUCAAAAAAGACUAGUGUAAUUGUAAGAACUGGAGAGAGUUCGUACAGGGCUUGUUUCUCAUUCCACUCAUCCUUCAGUGAGAUAAAGGAUUUUCUUUCACAUGUACAGCCUGUGAGGAUUCACCCAAAUGUUGUGCCAAUGGGCCGGAAUUUUGAAGAUGUCAAAGAGAUUUUGAAGCCAUUGUGUAGGAAGUGUCUAGGAGAUAGUGAACCCACCUACAAACCACUGGGGAAGCUGAAAAGAUCAAGGAGUUGUUUCAUCGAUGAGGAAGAUGGGAACUGCAAUGACCUUUUCGAUGACACUCUUCUAAUUCCACUGAAGCAGAAGUUGAAACAUCCGAAGCUUGAAAAUGAAACCAGGGACUUGCUGCAGCAGAGAGAUCAGAGUAUCAAUACAGAGAGUACAAGUGAACCUCCCAUCUCCUUAAAUACUGAAUUUCUUGAGUGUGACGAGUCAAAUGAGGAUGACGAUGAAGAAGAGGACAAAGAGGCUGGUGCAAUAUACCCAAAAAGUGAGUUGAAUUCCAUGCAAAAGGGAGAAUUUACUAAUCUCGCAGCACGGUUGACCACAGGUGAAAAAGCAUGUGGCACAGAGUCUAUACGUUGGGACAUGUUUUUCAAAGCGGAGCCGGUUUUGACAUCUGAAACUGACGAGGAUUCCGAGAUUGCCAGGGAGCAAGAGCUUGGUUCACAAUCGCCAAAACUGUUCAGUGACUCUGAAGAUGGAGACUCCACCCACUUUCCCUCUCAAACUUCAUCCCAAUCCACUCACAUAUCGGAACAGGGCAGUCAAGGCAGCUUGUUUGACACUGAAGCAAAUCACAUUCCACAAAAUAAAAUAGGCUCUGUGAAAAUCGUGAAAGUGAAAGAUAAAUCAGCAUUAAUCGCAACUCCUGAUACGGAGAAAAGCAACAACUGGGAUCUUCAGCAAGGGAAUGAAUUUCAUCCGGAUGAUGUCUCAGAUUUGAAGUCUUCCACAUGAUGAAAAGUGCCGAGUGGCGUGGGUAUUGUACCUUGACAAAAGACCAUGAAUGAAAACAGACUGUUUAAAAUAGUGGAAUCGAAGCCAGUGAUUUGAUAUGGUAUCAUUGUGAAAAUAUGAAGUGCCAAUGUCUUGAUAGUUUAACGCAGCCCAUUUCUUAAAUUCACAGGGUAGAAAUUCUUACCUCAGUGGGCGGGUGCAUGCUUGACCUGCUUGAAUGUAAAAUGACACGCGUUGAUGUUGGGCGAACGUCCCGAUAGCUCCGUGCCUCAAGGAGAUUGAAGCUCUCGUUCUCGCGCGUGCACUCGCCUUCCUCCCCUCCCCCGGCCUGCACAGGCAGUGCUCAGUGCUGUGCCAUUCCCGUUUCACGCUAGGUGGCCCAUAAUUGGCCUGCCCGCGUCAAAUUGCGAUGCGGAGCCGAUCGCGGGCAGCGGUCAGCUACCCGACUGCCCCCCGCCAAGGGCAGAAUCUUGCCCAGAGGAUCGCCCUGAAUAAUGCUGGAGAUCGAGGAUCGGCCCCGUUUAACACCCUUCUUAAUAGAAAUCAGAUUUGUUUUUACCGUUAGUUGUUUCAAUUGAAUUGGAGGCCAGGUUAUAUAAAUUAUCUUAAUAAAUUUAUCACAAAUCCCCAUUUGUUUUAAACUUUUAAAUAUUAACUUAUAGCCAACCAAAUCAAAUGCUUUUGCCAAAUCAAUAAAUACCACUGCAAGAUCCCUUUAAUGUCUUUUAGCUCCCUUUAACAAUUAUUUAGGACUACAAUAUUCUCAUUGCGCCCAGAGGCACCCACAAUAAACCGCUUUUGGCUUUCAUUUAAUUCAACAGCCCUGGCUAAUCUGUUAGCCAUAAUUUUAGUAAAUAAUCUAAGAAUAAUCGUUAAAGGUCGCCAAUUAUCAAUACUUUCUAGGGCCUUAGAAUCAUUUGUUUUUGGAAUUGAUAUAAUCCCACAAAUCUUAAUAGAAUUUGGGGUAAUCCCGGAUAACAGCCAAAUUGUAAACAUAUUUGGUAAUACGUUGGGAUUUUUAGUGAUCAAAUAUUUUAAAUCCUUAACCGUAACUUUAUCAGGUCCAGGAGCCCAUUAACUGUCUACCAAGACCUUUCCUAUUAGUUUUGAUCUACUUUAAAUUUAUGUAAAGUGAAAUAAAAACAGAAAAUGCUAGAAAAGCUCAGGUCUGACUGAAUCAAUGUUUUGAGUCUGUAUGACUUCUUCAGAGCUAAAGAGUAGAAAUAUUAUGGAUUUUAUACUGAGGAGGUGGAGCAAAAAAGAUCAGGGAUAUGUAGGAGUGCGGAAGACAUUUGACAAGAUGUCAUAAACACAAAAGACAAAGAGAGUGUUAAUGGUGAUGUUAAAGAAUAAGGAAGGUACUGACAGUGGCAUAAAGGUGAGAUAACAGGAUGUGUUAAAAGCAAAACAAGAGUCAACGCUCUGUGAAAGCACAACAUAGAAACGAGUGACAGAUGGCCCUGUACAGGGUGGGGGGGGAGACAGAUUUUUAAAAAAUAAUAAAUAAGAAUUUAAAAAUCG